GUUGCCUCUACUGCUACCUCCCUUCUCCUCGGGUACAGAGGGAGCGAGGGAGGGAGAUCGAUCUGUGGAUUUCUCCCAUGGAAGAAGAGGAGGGGAGGCCUCGCUUCUUCAAGGUCCUCAUCGGCGACUUCGCCCGCCGCCUCGAGAUACCUCGAGACUUCCUCAGUCACAUUGCAGAGGUGGGCUUCAGGGGUUCCGGCAUCUCAGCGGCAUCAUCUGUUAAACUCACCCUUAAGCGCUCAGAAGGGAAGACUUGGGCUGUCGAGCUAGAGAAGGUUGAUCGUUGUGUAUUUCUGACCACCGGAUGGCCCCAGUUUGUGGUGGACAAUACAUUGAGGGGAUAUGAGUUCCUCCUCUUCACGUACGACAAGAAUAUGCAUUUUACGGUUUCGGUUUUUGGGUGGAAUGCUUGUGAGAAAGCGGUUCCACCUUCAGGAAGUGGUGCUCAAGCUACUGAGAUGGAUAUAUUCCCCUCUGGUAAGAGGGGGCAUACUGGUGAUGACGUAACAAAGGCCGCUAAUAAUCCGACGCGUAGUCACUCACUGGUUAUGAUGCCAGAUCAAUCUGAUAAAGAAAUACCCCCCUUUCAGAUGAUUGCUCGAGGGAAUGGGCAUAGUUCAUCACAGAGCUUUGUUGACCUGCAUCUUCAUCAAGUAGAUGGUUCUAAGGACGAAUUAAAGACAUACUUAUUGCUGAAGUGGAACUCGGAUGCGGCUGCAGAGGAUUUUGAUGUAUGUAGAGGAAAACCACAAAUUCAGAACCAGUUUCUGAAGCAGAAACUUGUCCUGCAAUUUGAUUUUAUAAAGAGGAAACUACGAUGCUUCUUCCCUCCAGAGGAUGAUUGUUCUACUCAAAUACGUGAUAGCAAGAAGAGCAGCCUUGAGGAGCCAAACUUGUCGAAUCAGCCACUGCAGUUUGACCUGGCAGCAGUAAAGAGCAGGCUAGUUGGCGACCGUGAGUUAUGUGAUUUUUCUUACAAACAGAAGAGGAGAACAGGCAAGUCGCGAUCACUGCACACUUCUGAAACACCACGAAGAUCACCAAGACUGGCGCGCUUGAAUAAUUCCCGUGGCAGCACAGAGACUGGAUUGAAAGAAAGACCUGGAGUGGUAGAAUCAUCAGUAGCUGGCACAAUUGAUCGGGUGGAGAACAGAGCAGCUCAAGCGUCUUUACCCUACGAGAAGCCAGACAGUGUUCCAGAAGGAGAUUGCCAGCAUAUUGUUGGUUCCUUAUCUCAAGACUUCAAGAGACUCAAAUCAACAAGAGGUGUGGUGGGUUUAAGUGAGAAGCCUGGACAUAAUCAAGGAGAAAAUAAAGAAAAAAUAGAUCAAGGACAUAAGGGAGAAACCCUUCAAGAGCAAAUCGAUAGAAAUGCUGUAGAGACUUAUGACUCACUCAUGGACAGAGGUUGCAUAGAUUCAUCACCAGCAACCAAGUCCGAGGUGUCAUCUUUGAGACUAAAUGAGCUAUAUUUGGCAUGGAAGCCCUCGGUACAUGACAAUCCCCAUGAGGAAAUCUUACUUCAUAUUCAACGGGACAACUUUACAAGGACCAUCUCACAUGUUCAGGGGAUUAUUCGGAGUGGUCCUUCAGAUCUACUGUGUGCAGCUAUAAUUGAAGCUGUUGUGCAGAAAGAACUUCUUAAAUGGGAUCCAUGCCUUGAGGAUGUUGGUGCUCAAAGGAUAGUGAUUGCAUUACUAGAGCAUGCUAAAAAAAUCAAGGAGAUUCUCAAUUUCAAUAUGGAUAGCCGGAAGGAAGAAUUUUCCACAAAGCUACAUGAUCAGCUGAAGUGGCAGCUCAAAGAACUGGAAAAUGUAUACACUUCCUCGGAAGUAGAUUACAAGAAAGUGACACUUGAUGGUAGCAUAGCUGUCUCGACUUUGCAAGAACAGAAGAAAAAAUUGCAUGCCCUUCAGGGUGAGAUCAAAGACUCGCGGCAGUCCGUGAUGAUAGAUGAUGAAAUGCAGAAAUUGGUGCAUGAAGUUGCUGAGCAGGAAAGUUUAGUCCAGAGGUCUCUAAUGGAAAGAGUAAGGGUUAAGACAGUUUUGAAGAGCUAUGAGCAGAUUCUUGUUGAAGUAAAAGAGCGGCUAGCCUUAAGUGAACUUGGAUUAAUUGAUGUCGAGACAUUGGUUAAGGUAGAGAUGGAUAACAUGAGGAAGGAGCUUGAGAUAUCCAAAAGAAGCCUCCUAAAUAUCGUUUUCAAGUAAUAGUAGAAAGAUGAUCUUGUUCAGUCGUAGGUAUUUCUUCUUCUGGCUAUGCUCCGCUUUGCUGUAACCCUUUAACAUUGUUCUAGAAGUUAAAAUCCGCAGCAUGUUUAUCAGGAGUGGAGGAAAGCAUGAAUCUCAAAUUCUCAAUGUGCAUAGCCCUGCUUGUUUUCUGUUGUUUUAGUGAAGACUCCUAAAUUAAGCUGAUGAUUGAAAAAAAUGUCUCCUGAAUUGAGCUGAUGAUUGAAUUUUUUUGGCUCAAAACAUGUCGAUGGAUGCUGAUCUUACACUAUAAUUAGGCUAUGAUAUUACUUAUUGCCGUGGUUACAUUAUACAAUCAAUCUACUUCUGAAGGGUUGCCAGGUUAUAGAAUGCUCCCUUCUUGUUCAUGAGGUGUGGAUAAGUACCACGCUCAAUCACCUUGCCCUCU